AAUUAAAAAUAUUAUUAGAUUAAAUAAAGGAAUAUUUUAGUCAUUAUUAAUCACGUGUUUUACAAACAAAAAUCAUCUGGCAACUGUUUGCUCGGUAGAGAAAGAACAAACAGUUUUGGAUUUCAUAUGUUGUAAAUCUUCAUUGGAUAAUCAGCUUUACAAUACUCCGAGAUCAUGGCUAGUCAAACACAAGGCAUACAGCAACUACUUGCUGCUGAAAAGAGAGCUGAUGAAAAAGUGAAUCAGGCUAGAAAGCGCAAAGCACAAAAACUGAAAAAAGCCAAGGAAGAAGCUCAAGCUGAAAUUCAAAGAUUUAGAGAAGAAAGAGAACGGCAGUUCAAAGAAUAUGAAAAACAAUAUAUGGGAUCGAAAGAAAGCAGUGCUGCCAAAAUUGAAGAAAGCACUGUGCAUAAAAUUGAAGAAAUGAGGAAUACAGUUGGAACUAAUAAAGGCAAAAUCAUUGACUAUUUAUGUAGUCAAGUGUUUAAUGUUGAACCCAAAGUUCAUCAAAAUUUCAGAGCUCAAAAAUAAAUCAAAGAUUUUUGCAUUGAAAUUUUGAAUAAAUUCAAUGUAUAAGAUGUUAAUGUUUUAAAGGUAGUUUUUGGUUGUUGAAAGAAUUCCACUUAUGUAUAUAAUCAGUUUCAUCACUGCACUAUGAUGUUUAAGUGUUCCUUUUAUUCUGUAAUGAAAUUAUUUAUAUAAAUUUAAUUUGAUUAUUUUUUUUCUUUUUAUUCAAUGAACUUUUUUAUAUUUUUAGCUUAGAUAAAGAAAGUAAAGCUUAAUUAUUUGUCGAAUUUUUAAGAACAAUUUUGAAAUUAAAAAUAUUCUUUUACCCAUAUUUAUGCUUGAAUAAUGUAAUGUACUUAAGCUUUGUUUCCAAGAAAGAUUUGCUUUUUGAACAAUUAUGACAUAAAUACAGUUUUAUUAUAGUAUAAUUUUUUAUUGUUUUAAAUUGCUUGUUUUCUAUCUGCAGUUUUAAAAUUGUAGAUUAUGAUUAAAGUUAAGUAGGUGUUGCUUUGUUGGUAAAGAAUAGAUACAUAGAUAACUAUAAAACCCUGACUGUAUUGUCUUAAUUUGAAACAAGUAAAAGUUCACAUUUUCCAUUGUUCAAUAUUUAUUUACAAUAUGUCUAGUUAUAUAUUUAUAAUUUUAGAGCUAUAAAUGUAAAUUUAAAUAUUUAAGCUGCUUUUUAUUAACUUUAAAAGAUAUAAUGUAAUUAUGAAAUUGUCAAUAGUUUUGUUAUUCAUUUAAAUAAUUUAUUAUGUUUUGCUUUUGUGAUUUGUUGCAGAGUUGUGAAAUUUUUGAUGAGAUUAUUUAUAAUUUUUUUAUUAUAGAUAUAUGAGACAUAGAUUUAAACGCUGUAAUAUUUAUUAUGUAUACUUUGAAGAGACAUUAAGCUGUAUAUUGGAAUGUGGCAUUGAUUGUGUUAAUAAAUGUUUAGAACAAUUA